GGUGCAGCUGCAGACAGUUUGAGCUCGCGGCGCACAGAGCGAGAGAGAGAGAGCGCGAGAGAGAGAGAGAGAGGAGAGCUCGCGCUGUGACAGUUGGGGAAGAAGCACACAAUCAGCGCGCGAGGCAGAAAAAAAGACGAUGAGCGGACACUUAACGUGCAUGAGAGAUGACUGACCGAGCAGCAGUUCGGAACAAAUGACAGAAGAUUACGCACGGUUGGGUUGAAAUGAGAAGAUGCCAGCAGCUGAAAAUCAAUCCAAGUUGAUCACAUUUGAGAGCUGAAAGAUGGUGUAGAUGGUUUUUACCUCCAAUGGAUUCCUAAAGCUGCUCCAAGAUCAUCAAUUUUACUGAAGGGAUCUCUUGGUGGACCUCAGUGAGCAGGGGCCAGGAUGUGGCCCCCUGACCUCGGGCCUCCAGACGUCCAGCUGACUCUUCCUGGAUUUGGAAGCGUGUUCGAGGAUGCUGAAGACCUUCAGGCGCCGCUGUCUUCUGGUGGCUUCUGUCAGUCAUCGAUGCAUUCAGGUGGUCUGGGCGUUUGCUGUCUUCCAAGGACUUCCCUGUCUCUGACCUCGCUGGGCCGUGACCUCACCUCCCUGCUCAGCUGUAAGGCAGCUGGAUCCCAUAUAGAAAAGACUAUGGAGGACUUUGCCACCACAGCGCACACAGAUCCUAAAAAUAACAACCAGAGGUUUAGUUGUUACCCCCAGCCAUCCCUCCCGUUAUCUUACAUGCUAAGCAGCUGUGCUACAUCUCCUGCUUUUGGCUCUCCACCGUCUUCUCUUUCCUCUUCCUCCUCAUCUUCAUCUUUAUUUUUUGCCUCUUCGUUGGCUCUCUCGGAUGCAGCCGGGGGCAACAAGACGUCUCAUCAACAAGGAAAGAUACAUGAAGAGUACCACUCGAUCAAACAAGAGCCUGCAGAUGAUUUCUCGCCGUGUAAGAGGGAACCGUUUCAAAUCAACAACCAGCAGGGGGAGAUGUUCAACGUGGGCCGGCCCCUCCAAGGCCACGACGGUCAGGACAGCACCCAGCUUCAUUUCCCGAGGCUCAACGGACCCGUAGGACAGGACCAGGCGGUGGCCCAACAGGACCAACCGUGCCACUGGAUCGAUUGCAGUGCCACUUACAGCAGCCAGGAGGAGCUGGUGAGGCACAUUGAGAAGGUGCACAUCGACCAGCGCAAAGGCGAAGAGUUUUCCUGUUUCUGGGCCGGCUGCGUGCGACGCCACAAACCCUUCAACGCUCGCUACAAGCUGCUCAUCCACAUGAGGGUCCACUCUGGAGAAAAACCCAAUAAAUGCAUGUUUGAGGGCUGCACCAAGGCGUUCUCGCGUCUGGAGAACCUGAAGAUUCACCUGAGGAGCCACACCGGAGAGAAACCGUACAUCUGCCAGCAUCCCGGCUGCCUCAAAGCCUUUAGCAACUCGAGCGACCGGGCCAAACACCAGCGCACACAUCUGGACACGAAGCCGUACGCCUGUCAGAUCCCAGGAUGCACCAAACGCUACACCGACCCCAGCUCGCUACGAAAGCACGUCAAAGCUCACUCAGCCAAAGGCCUUCAGGAGAGAGAGGUCAAGGUUCAAGUGCACACAAUGCUGGAAUCGGACAUCUUGAGCGAUUGCCUGGCGAGGCAGCAUCUCCACAGCUCGGCCUCUUCCCACCAAGGAAACAACUCACCUUUACCGAGCUUAGACGACUUCACAGGCGUGUACUCAAACAGCACCGCCGUCCACAACAGGGGAAAUUCAGAGUUUCUCCCACCGUCAGCAGACACCUGCUCCAGGUAUCAAAACUUGGAGGGAAACUUUGACGCCAACAGCCCAAUAUCUCCGCUGACGAGUCCGGAAGGCAUGAGAGAGGGGAACAGGCCAACAUCGUUGUUCAGCCCUGUGAGCUCCUCGUCGGACCAGCUGCAGGGCUACCAAAAAACCUACAACCACCAACAAGUGUUCUCACAGCAGCAAGGAUGUGUGUAUGGAGAAGGAAAGGUGGUUCAACCGGCCAGCGAUGGAGGCUUUGAACCAGCUAGUUACUUCACAAACCCUGCUGCCUCUCACUCUACAGGGUUCGACUUGUUGCAGGACCUGCAGGGUCAGGCGGGGGGCGGUUACUCCAUGUCUCCCGGUUCAGACGACAGCUUCCUCUUCCAGGCAGGAGGUGUCGACCGCUGCCUCAACCAGAUCUACUCCAUCUACCUGGACUCAUGAUGACUCAUCGCAAUCACGCUGUUCUCCUCGUGUACGAAGCGUGGCGGCAGACAAUCACAACGACAACAUACUGUAUAUUCAAGGCUGAAGCUGUCAGAUUUGUUCUGAUUCUUAACAGAUGUGAAAAAUAUGUCAGCGGGAGUUUUGACGGUACAAACCAAAGUGCAAAAUUGACUAAAUGCAGAGCUGCGGGAAAACUGUCAAAUAUGAAAGGCCAAAGUGGAAAUCUGGUCAAAUUAUAAAUGUAAAUAGCAGUGACUUUUAUAUUCAGAGAUGACCACAGUAUUUGUGAUCUGGAUAGAACGAGCUAUGAGCUUUAUUUGCUGGUUUCAUCUACUCACAAAGUCAGAUAGCUUUCUGGCUCUGCCGCUGAUGUUAAAACUCAACUCAGUCCACAGCAGCUUCGCCUCCAGGAAAAACAACAGUACUUGUCAGAAUAGGAUCGUAUAAUGUAACGGAUCCCAAUGUAGGGUUGAAAACGGGGUUCAAGAUGAAAGAUGAUUAAGAAGAUACCAAAGAACAAAAAGGGCUCACUUCUCCUUCACAAACUAUAUUUGACUUUUCUCUAACUGUUGCGUCUUUUCAUUUUAAGGUGUCACAAACCAAAAAGGUUGUAAAGUCACAUCUAGCAGUGCAGAACAACUUCAUUUUGGCAAAUUAAAUUUAGAUGGAAAAGCUCAAUACGUCUGUACACUGAAAACGUAGCUACAGCCAAGAGACGGUUAGUUUAGCACAAAGACUGGAAACAAUCCACCAUUAACUACAAGUAACUCCAAACCUCGGUUAAUGCAUUAUGUUGUUUGUCUCAUUUGUACAAAAACAACAUGUAAAAAUACAGACAGUCAUGAGUUAUUUCUUUUCUGCAAUGACUCCAUGAAGUACUCCGGUUCAUAGCCUCCCGUAAAAAAAACACCAACUUGUCAUUACACCUCAGUUUGUGUGUGGAUUAAACAAACAAGAUGUAACUUUUGAACUUUGGAGAUGCCUGUAGGCAGAUUUUUCUUCUCUUCGGAGAGUGCCAUGCUGAGCUAACUGUAGCUGUGUUUUCUGUGUGCGACGUGAAGCAACAGAUCUGUAUUAUGCAUUAACAUUUUAAUCCGGUUGCAAGAUAAAGAAGACAAGUCUAUAAAUAUGUGAGACAUAAAAAGCUGAAUCGUUGCCAGCAGACCGUUUAUAGGAGCCGAGGCGCCAGUACAGCAAAAAAACUCGGAUCACCUCUUGACCUUAACAUGAAGUUGUUUGGAUAGUAAGGAGUUAAAGUUCACUGACAUACUCUGGCACCUCGCCUUAUGAUUUUGCAGUGCACAGGCACAAAACUGUGGUGUCGAUCUUCUCAUCUAACUUAAAACAGCAAAUAACUGUGUCCACCGACAUGUCGAGCCUUUCCUUUAAAAGGUGCCGGCGUGUGUUCAUCAGCAGCUAAAUUACCUGGUAACCAAAGUGCCACUGAGAAACCUCCAAAUGUUUCUGAAUUUACAUUUCUCAGCUGCACACGAGCCGUGCAGCGUGGAGUAACUGUAGCAGAGCUGCCACCUUGUGUCUGAAUGACUGUAUGAAGAUAUAACACACACAGUCUGUGGUACAGAGUGACGGGACGAUUAAACUGACACAAAACUGCACUAAAAUGUAUCGUCUGUGACUCGUCGCAGACUUAAAGGUGUCAACCAGUUAUUUUCAAUAUGUGUAACCUAACAACGAUCAAGACAACAGCAUAAUCUGUUUUUGUUUUUUUCAUUUUAAUAUGUAUGUUUCCUUUUUUUUGUUUUUGUCUCCACGUGUUUGUUGUAAAGUUUCUAUCAGUGUUAUAUUCAGUGAGAGGGAGGUGUGCAUUGUUUACAGUACGUUCUCUGCACUCUGUCUCAUCACAGAGACUUUUUAAGAAAAAAAAAUGACCAACCAGAAAAUGUUUACACUGAUUUUGUAGCAAUUCAGAGAUUUCUUAUUAUUGAACAUUGAACAGUGUAUAUAGACUGUAAAAAAAAAAGCACCUGUCUUUUAUAUCGAAAUAAAAAAUAUCUGUUUGUA